AUGUCACCUCCCGCUGUUUGCGCCUUGUGCCCGGCACCCGCGACCGUGCACUGCCCCGCGGACAGCGCUAAUCUCUGCGCGUCGUGCGAUCUCGCAGUGCACAGCGCCAACACCAUCGUGCACAGACACGUGCGCACCGUCCUCUGCCGCUGCUGCGCCGCCCCCACGACCGUGCAGAUCUGCGGCCUGCCCGCCUCCACUGCCGCCACUCCCCCUUGCAUCUGCGCGUCCUGCAUGAUGCCUCUGCUCUGGCCGUCCACGGGAUUCCCUGCAACGAACGCUGGUAACCUGGUUACCAGCGCGCAGACGUCUGGGCCGUGCCCACAGAGCUUAGCGGCUGCUACGGGUAGCCUUCUGCCGGAAGGGCUUACGUCUGGUUCGGAGCGGCUUCUGCAGGGGUUCUUAAACGCUAGCUCGAGUUUCUCCCUCGGGAACUCCGCUGCUGCCGCGCCGCCUCUCAUGACACAUCUUCCGCGCCCGGCGGGGUUCGUGACGGGUGUCCGGGGUGGGAUUGUCCAGGCGGCGACUGCGGCUCAAAUUGACGACAACUCUCCGGUUAGCGUGCUCACGACGGAGUCUGACGCUUUCCGUGCGACGGAUUUCGUCAACCAACAACCGCGAGAGAAGAUGCCCCAGGAAGGAAUGUUUCAUAGAGUACCGUCUCAAGACAUCAUGUUUCCUGGGUCGUUCCGGCCAGAGGGGUUGAUUCGACAGGAGGAAGCUGAGUCGUAUCGAGCCUGCGAGCAGCAGCAGCAGCAGCAGCAACGUGAACACAGCCCACUCACUUUGUCUCUUUUUCCACUUUCCGCCGACGAAGGUUCGUCCGCCGGGAAGAUGGCGCGCAGAAUUCACACUGAUGUAACCGACGAUAGCCGCGUGUCGUGCUGCGCUGUCCCGCCGCUGAUUCCGGUCGACGAGCCCCAGAGCAAGCGGCAGCGGGUGCAGGCAGGGAGUGGCGUCGACGCGCCGCUAGCAGCGUCUGCGUUUCUCCCCUUUGUAAGGCCUCUUUGCACCGGGUUUAAGCAGUCCGAUGGUGCAGCGACGGUGGUUGGGAUGGGCUUGGGAAAGAGGCCGUACGAAGCGUGCGAGAAACAGCAAUUUCCAUCAACUGCGGAGGCAACAGGGGCAGCAGCACCAGGAGCGGAGCCUGCGCGGGGAAAGCUGGGCAAGACUGCGUCCGCGCGGCUCCGCCACGUGUUGCUGACGUGGCAGUCACGACUGGGCCUCCAGGUACCCACGGUUCGCGCGUUGGCAUUCCACAUGCUUCAGCGCGUGCUGCUGCGGCUACAGCCGACGGAUAUGGCGGCGGAGUCGCUGCGCGUGCUGCUGGCUGCGUGUCUGUGGGUCGCGGCUAAGAACGAGGAGAACCAGAAGAGUGUACCGAAAGCGAAGGCGGUUGCUGCUGUAGCGAAGGUGCCUGUAUCGCGUCUGGCUGUGUACCUCCCAUCGCUCGCAUGCCUUAACCUCUCGCGCAACCCGCAAGUCAAUGACACCACUGCCACUGCUGUCAUCCCGUGGAUCCCUUCUCUCCGGCAUCUGGACAUGAGCCACACAGCAGUCACCAGCUCAUUUCUCGAUUCACUCACCUACGGUGCACGGCUGAAGGGGUGGCGGAACAAUGCUCAGGAAGCUUCUAGGAAGGCGGAAGCACGGAAAGCAGCCAAGCGCCCGUGGUGGGAGGCGGCCACACACACAACGGCAAUCGCUGACCCCAACCCAUACGCCUCCUUUACUACGAAGCGAUCUCGCCUGAACCAGGAACAGCAGCAGCAGUCGUUACCAGAGGAGCAGCCGCAGGCAGUAUCCGAGCAGCAGCAGCAGCAGGAGGUUGAGGGACAAGAGCAGUCGGAGUGGCGUGAGUGCUGUCUGGUAUACCUGCGGCUGCAAGGGACGCUUGUGGAUAGGGUUGGAGCCACACACCUGCUAGGUCUGAGUGCUACAGUGCCUCUGGACGGCAUGUUCUGUCUGGACUUGAGAGAUACACUGGUGAAAGGCAAUGUGCUGAGCAAGUUGAGAUCCUCUCCCGUAUCGCUCGUCCCCACUGCUUUUGCCUUCCUGCUUUCUCCCCUCUCAACAACAGCCACUUUUCAUCUGCUCUCCCCACCCAACGAGCCUCGCCUUCUCUGCCGAACCAACGCCCUUGCUCUCAACAUCCUCCGAACCUACCCAGGCACGGCACAUGGCUCCGCGGGCGGAGGCGCGGGGCGGCAGGAGGGGAACCUGUGGGGGCAGGCGCGGAGUGUGUUCAUGAGCGCAAUACUGGCGGAACCUCCCCCAGAGAUUCGCAGAGAAGUUACUCGUCCCACAAUCAACACGGGCACAGUCAGUGGCACAGACGCUCUCACAACGCUGCUGGCAGGGAAUGACAUCCGUAUAGUGCGCCGGCGAGACACUGGCACUGCUGGUGGUGGUGGUGCUAGUGGUGGGGAGGGCGGGCGGGGAAGAGGGGCCAACGGGGGCGUGGGGAGGGGGACAGGGGGAGGCGGAGGAGGGGGAGGGGAGGAUGGGAGGGAGAGGGGAGGGGAGAGGGGAGGGGUGAGCGAGGAGGAGAAGGAGGCACUGUUUGCGAUGGCUGCUCGGCACGAGUGGAUGUCGUAUUUGAGGGAAGAGAUACUGCUGCUGCAUAUUGAGCGUCAGAACGAGCUGGUGGCGGCCCAGCAGCAGCAGAAGAAGAAAGGCGGAGGCACACCCACUGCUGCCGCUGCUGGCACACCCAAUGCUGCCGCUGCUGGUGAGUGCAUUUUCGAGUCCCCACGUCUCCUUCCCCCUUCUCGCCCCUUCUCUCCAGCAGCAACCAGCAGCAGGAGCGUGUGGGCGCCAACCAACGACCCAGCAGCCAUGCUCCAGGCAAAACUCGAUGUUGAAAUGCCUCAGUUCAAGUCCCGUCCCCCUGCUGCUGCCCCUCCCCUCUCCCCAAUUUUCUUCCCCCCCUCCCAUUCACCCUUUUCUUUAGCAGCAGCCAGCAGCAGGGCCGUGUGGGCGCCAACCAACGACCCAGCAGCCAUGCUCCAAGCCAAGCUAGACGUUGAAAUGCCUCAGUUCAAGACCCGCCCCUCUGCUGCUGCCUCUGCCACUGCUGCUGCCGCUGCCAAGGGGGAACUUCGACGCAAAAAGAGCUCUGCCCCUGAUGGAUCAGGGGAAAGUCUCACCUCGACUGCUGCUGCUGCUGCUGCUGCUGCUGCUGCUGCUGCUGUUGCACCUGCAGCUGUGGCGGCUGCUGGUCCUGCUGCUGCUGAUUCUACCGCUGCUGGCGCUGACCCAUUCUCCCGGCGUGCGUCGAGUGGGGAGAGGGCGGCCAAGGCAGCAGCAGAGGCGGCGACAACGGGCGGGCAGAGGAUGAUUCGCGUGUGGGAGAGGAUGAAACGCAUCAUCCCCAACAACCCCUCCUCUGCUGCCGCUGCUGCUUCUGAUGCCGCCGCUGGUGGUGGUGGCAAUAGCAGCAACGAAUUCCUCCCAGAGGCGUGUCAUCGCAGCCACCUGAGCCAGUCGCUCUCGGCUGGACUCAUUCCUGCCGACCAGAGAGGCCCCUCCUGGAUUGCCAUGGCGUGUUCCGACCCUGAGGACGACCUGAUCAACCGCACCAGCUACUCGCAGCUCAAGGAGCGAGCUGCCUCUGCACCUCCCACUGCGUAUGUGUGUGACCCGGACACGUGGUACUGCAGUGGCAUGGUGUGUGACCCGGACACGUGGUACUGUAGCGGCAUGGCGUGGAUGGCGCUCACACUGCUCUCCCUCAUGGCGGAGGAGGACGCCUUCCUCUCCCUCCUCUUCCUCAUGCACCGCCUCUCCUCCCCCCUCUCCCCCUCGUCCCCUUCAGGUGUUUUGGUGGUCCCAAGGGACAUGGAACUGCAGGAGCACGAGGUGGCCCCCUCUCCUUCCGCUCUCCAGCCUUGUAUUUCACUCCCCCCCUCCUCCUUUUCUCCCAUUUCCCUCCCCAUACCACCCCCCCCCCUUCAGGUGUGUGACCCGGACACGUGGUACUGCAGCGGCAUGGCGUGGAUGGCGCUCACUCUGCUCUCCCUCAUGGCGGAGGAGGACGCCUUCCUCUCCCUCCUCUUCCUCAUGCACCGCUGCGGCCUCCGCGGGCUCUUUGCACCCAACAUGCACCAGCUCAACACGCGUCUCUCGCAGCUCUCCCAGUUCCUGGCGGAGUCAACACCUCGCCUGCACUCCUUCUUUGAGGACCUGCAGCUCAAACCAAGCAUGUAUGCAGCGGACUGGCUGCUCUCCCUCUUCGCCCGCCACAUGCCUCAAUACCUCGUGUAUCGCGUCUUUGACAUUGUGCUGGCUGAGAAGACCAUGUCAGUCGUGUUCAAGCUCGCAAUAGUGCUGCUGCAGGUCACCCGGCGUCAGCUGAUGCUGUGUCCAGAGUUCGACUACUGCCUGCACUUCCUGCACUCUGAGCUGCCUCUGGAACUCAAUCUCCUCCCCGACAGGGAAGUGGAGGAGCUGGUCUCCAAGGCGCUGAGGGUGCGCCUGCCGUUUGAGAGCGUGUUGCGGCUGGAAGCAGAGUACGACCAGCUGGCAGGGGAAGCGGCGGUGGCGGCACAGGAGGUGCAGGCAGCAGCAGAGGCGAGCGAGGUGGCUGCAGAGUCAUGGGAGCGCGACAGGCAGGAGAUGGAGGGCGAGCUGCUGCAUGCGCUCGAGCUACUGGGUUCGUCUCAGACAUACCUCUCAGCACUCUUCACUCACUUCAAGGCCGUGCAGGCACGUGCCGGCCUCACCAGACAGCUGAGCGCCGCUGCUGCUGCUGCUGCUGCUGCUGCUGGUGCUGCUGCUGGUGGUGCUGCUGCUGGUCCUCAAACUGCUGCCCCUCAAAAUGCUGUCCUUCAAACUCACCCAGUCUCGCUUUCCUCAGACCCCAAACCGAUCUCCCUUCCUGACCUCCCACCUCUUCCCGAGCCACCGACUCCUCCCGAACCUGCCCAGCCUCGGCCGCUGGUGGUUCGGAUUCCGGGCCUGGAGCCCGGAGCUGACAUCAGCAGCAUGUCCACCGCCGCUUUGCUAAGUGCGGUGGCGACGCUUAGGAAGCAGAGGGCAGCAGCGGAGGCGGCACUUAUGGCAGCAGAGCAGCAGCUUAUGGAGUGUAUACGGGGUGACAAUGCGGCGAUCGAUGCGUGUCUGAGGGGGCAGGCUAUGAGGGCGAGGAAGAGGCAGUUGGUUGGGCGCAAAGGCAGUGGGUCUGGCUAUGAGGGCGAGGAAGAGGCAGUUGGUUGGGCGCAAGGGCAGCGGGUCUGGUGGGGGGUGCUGAGAGGUAGCAGAGAAGCAGAGCAGCACCAGCGGCUAAGGGAGUGCAUCAGGAGUGACAAUGCGGCGAUUGAUGCGUGCCUGAGAGGACAGGCUAUGAGGGCGAGGAAGUGGAAGUUGACAGGGCGCAAGGGAAGCGGGUCUGGCUAUGAGGGCGAGGAAGAGGCAGCUGGUUGGGCGCAAGGGAAAUGGGUCUGGUGCUGCGAGUGUGGCCAGCCGUCAGCCUCGUCCUCCCGCCUCGUUCCCUUCUAUGAGCUCGAGCUACCACUGUACACUCCAGCACAGGAAUCCGCACAACUACCAGCGUCUCCCCAGACCAAGGGACCUCUGAAACGCAAGGCCAAGGGAGGAGCAGCAACAGAGAAGGGGGCUGCCAAAAUGAAGGGUGGAGCAGCAGCAGCGGCGGCAGCAGGGGAGAAAGCCGGUGUGUCUGUGCAGCAGUGUCUUGAGCGUUACACAGCGGAGGAGCGGCUGGAGGGUGGUAACCAGAUGUGCUGCGAGCAGUGUGGGCGCAAGACAGAUGCCACCAGGAGGGUGUGCAUUCGUACCGUUCCCCCCGUGCUGAACCUGCACCUCAUGCGCUUCGUGUUCGACGCUAAGACCAUGAGCAAGAAGAAAGUGACUUCAGGGGUGCGCAUUCCUCUCACUCUCGACCUCUCGCCGUACGUGGUGCAACCACGAGGGGUGCGCAUUCCUCUCACUCUCGACCUCUCGCCGUACGUGGUGCAACCUCGGGGUGACUCUUCCAAAGAAACAAGCGAGGCUUUGGCAGAAGAAGCAGCAGAAGCAGCAGCAGCAGCAGCACCAACAGCGAGAGCAGGAGGAGCAAGAGGAGCAGGAGGGGAAGGGGAUGGAGGAGGGGUGGGAGGAGCAGGGGUAGAGAGUAAAGCAGGGGGGUGUGCUGCCGGUGAUGAAAAGCCAAGGGUAGGGAAGCGAGGCGGUAGGAGGAUUGGAGAUAGAGGGGAAGAGUCCAGGCAAUGGGGCGGGGGAAAGAGGCGAGGUAGUGCAGCAAGAAGGGGAGGAAGAGGAGGAGGGGAAGAAGAGGGAGAAGGAAAGACAGAAGCAGGAGAAGGGAAAACAGAAGCAGGAGAAGGGAAAACAGUACUAGGAGAAGUGCAAAGAACAGGAGAAGGUGCAGCGGAACCUAGUCAGAAGUCCUCCGAGCCUCCUACACCUAGUCUUAAGUACCAGUUAGUAGCGAUUCUGCAGCACAAGGGCAGCCAGGCGUCGUGCGGGCACUAUGUGGCUCAUGUGAAAGACGUUCGGAGUGGGCAGUGGUGGUUGUUCAAUGACGAGCAGGUGGUGCGGCUGGGCCGACACCCCAUGGGGGAGGGCCGGGAAGACAAGGCGGCUGUAAAGGGAGCGGAGAAGGGGGCAGACAAGGGGGCUGUAAAGGGUGGUGGGAAGGGGGUUGAGAAGACGGGUGCAGUGGAAGCAGCUACAGUGGAAGCUAGCUUGGGACGACACCCCAUGGGAGAGGGCGGGGAGGAAAAAGCAGCUGUGAAGGGAGCUGCGAAGGGCGUUGAGAAGGGGGCAUCUCAGGCGCCUCAGGACGCUAUGGGGGAGGAGAUUGGGGCUGAAGGAGUAGGGAUGCAGCUGGCUGGGAAGGCGGCGGGUGGUGCAGAGAGGAAUGGCAGGAUCAGUGGCAGCGGAGGUGAAGAGGCAGCAGCAGGAGGAGAUGACGCAGGGGCGUCAGCCGGAGUGGUAGGGAAGCAUUUUGCUGAUAAGGUGGUGGGUGGUGCAGAGAGGAAUGGCAGGAUCAGUGGCAGCGGAGGUGAAGAGGCAGCAGCAGGAGGAGAUGACGCAGGGGCGUCAGCCGGAGUGGUAGGGAAGCAUUUUGCUGAUAAGGUGGUGGGUGGUGCAGAGAGGAAUGGCAGGAUCAGUGGUAGCGGAGGUGAAGAGGCAGCAGCACGAGGAGGAGAUGGAGCAGCAGCGGCAGCAGGAGAGGGAGAGGCAGCAGGAGAAGAAGUGGGAGGAGCAGGGGCAGCAGGGGAAGGGGCAGUAAGAGAUAAGUCUGAUGGGACUGGUAAGGCGGUCGGGUCUGAUGAUACGACUGACUUGACUGGUGGGAAGAGCGAGGGGACUUCAGAUGUCUGUGAUGCUCAUCCAAUUGACCUUGACGGAAUUAACAACACUGAUGGGACUGGCCCUGAAACGACUGACCCUCAUCCCAUUGACCUUGAUAGCACUGACCCUGAGGGGACUGACCUUCAUCGGAUUGACCCGCAUGGCAGUACUGAUCCUGAUUUGAUUGACCUUGAUGGGAUUGACCCUGAUCCAAUUGACUUGGAUCGGGUAUCAGAUGAUGUAGACGCGAAGAAGGGUAACCCACCUUCGCUUGGUCCGCAGAAGCGUCGCAGAGUGGGCCGACAACGGGGCCUUGAGUCGUUUCUCAAGCCCGCAGCCUCUGAGAAUCCACCUGACGAAACACCUGACGGUUCUGGCAAGGCGCCUCUGAAGAAGCAGAUCUCGUUGCUGGCGGAUUCUGUUGCUGCUCCACCUGGAAAAGCACCUGAAAAAGCACCUGUAAGGCAACGGCGAUCCGCGUCCCAAGCUCAACAUGUGGCAGUGACGAGCAAGAAGCAAGAGGCAGUUUGUAACGGUGUGCAUGGUGCGGAGAGUGGUGGUGAGGUGACUUUUGAGGCGUCUCAAAAGCGAUCCGCGUCCCUGGCUCAGCAUGUGGCAGUGACAAGCAAGAAGCAAGAGGCAGUUUGUAACGGUGUGCAUGGUGCGGAGAGUGGUGGUGGGGUGUGCGGGCCGGUUGGUUCCAGGAAAAGGGGGACUGCAGUGAACGGUCGGGAGGGAGAGGGGGAGGAGGAGGAGGUGACGUCAGCAGAUGCAUACAUGCUUAUAUACGUGCGGGAGGGCUUUGGGGAAGGAGAGGAAGGGGAGGGGGUGGGGUUCAGUGGGUUUGUGAAGUUUGAAAAGUCAGCUAGUGCAAUUGAGGGUGAGUGGGUCCCACUGAGAGGGGAUGGUAGUGGGAGUGGUAGGGGUGAAGCAGUGAGAGGCGAUGGUACUACUACUAAUGGUGCCAAUGGUGCUAAGUCAGGAGAUGUGAAAGCACAUCAACCCACUGCAACUCCUGGUGAAUCACCUGAACCAACAGCAGAAGCACCUGAUGCGGCGGUUAAAGCACCUGAAGCAGCAACAGGGGCACCUGAUGCUGCAGCGGAAGCGCCUGACGCACCUGUUAAAGCAUCCGAAGCCAUUGUGGAAGCAGGUAGCAAAGACAAAAUGCUCCUCUUGGGAUGUGACUAUGUCCGUCUGCCCCGGUUUCUCUUAGACGAGGUGACUCAAGCGAAUGCUGCGUUUCGGCAGCAGUGUGAGGAGCAGAGGAGAGGUCCCAUUGACAACACCCCUCUCCUGUGCCCUCCUAACGGGCUGGUGCCACGAGCCAGCCUGCCUCUCAAUACCUCCCUCUCACUCCCCUCACCCCUCCCAUCUCUCCCUUCCCCUGUCUACAGAGGUCCCAUUGACAACACCCCUCUCCUGUGCCCUUCUCACGGGCUGGUACCACGAGCCAGCCUGCCUCUCAUGAAGCGAAUAUCGCCUGUCGCAUGGGCCAUGCUGGUCUCCCAGUACGAAGGUGGUCCGGCCCUCUCCCAGGCAGCAUGCUGCUCGGAGUGUCUGAUCGCAGAGGCACUGGCAGCAGUGAGUGCUGGGAGCUACAGGGAGGAGAGGGCGCGCGUGCGAGUGCUGGUGGAAGAAAACAUCAAAGGAAGGGGCCUGGAGGGACUGGGAUACUAUGUCUCCAAGCCAUGGCUGAACAACUGGCUGAGGAGGACAAAAGCUGACGCCCCUACCGCGGCUGACAGCAACCCCCUGGGCGGCAUUGUUUGUCCGCACCUGGGCUUGAUGCCGGAGGGGGGAGGAGGGGAGGCGAGGAGGGCAGUUGUGAGUAGGGAGGUGUGGGGGUGGCUGAAACGGUGGGCGGAGGAGGGGAGGAGGAGAGGAGAGGAAGAGAGAGUUAAAGAGGCCGAAGAGAGAGGAAGGGAGGAGAGUGAGAUUGUGCAAGAGGGGGAUAAGAGUUUGAGGAAGGAGGAAAGUUUGAGUGAAGGGGAGCAUUGUACGGGUAAGGAAGAGGGGAAGUCUCUAGCGAGCAAUGGAGCAGAGGCCAAGGAGGCUGCAACCACAAAGAUUAAGGAAGGGAAGGAAGAGGAACCCUUCACUAUAGUCACACGGUCAGAAUGGGACGAGCUGAGCAGCCAGUGGGGCAGCACACCUGCCUCUGCCAUCCGCAACCCAGAGGAGAUUGCAGAGGAGGAAGAGAGGGCAAUGAGGGAAGAGUUACAGAGGGGGGAUUACAGGGAGGAGGAGAUUGUGGUUGAGUUGGUGAGGGGGUCUGAGCCUCCCCCUUCUGUUGUUGCUUCCACGUAUGGUUUUCCGCCGUUAGCCGUGUCGCGCCGGUUUGCGGCUGCUGCUAAUGCUGCUGUUGGUGCUGCUGGUGGUGGUUCUGCUGCUGGUGCUGCUGCUGGUGCUGCUGGUGGUGCUGCUGGUGGUGCUGCUGGUGGUGCUACUGGUGCUGCUGCUCGUGCUGGUGAUGCUACUGGUGGUGGUAGUGCUGCUAUUGCUACAGCUGCUGGGGGCGCUACUUAUGCCACUGACACUCCUGCUACUAAUGGUGCUGCUGCUGCUGCUCAUGCUGCUACUACUGGUGUUCCUGGUUCUGCUCCCUGUGCUGAAGCUGCCGUUGCUGCUGCCGCUUCAGGUGCUGGUGCUGUUACUACUAGGCCACUGAAAGCAGCGAUACCACUGGCCAUGCCAUACAAACGACCACUGCGAACGGGGGGAAGCCGUGUUGCAAUAAGGGUAUCAGGCACAACCACGCUGCACCAGCUGAAGCUGCAGAUCUGGGAGUCCCUGGGAGUGGUCCCUGAGAACCAGCGCAUAGGGUUUGGCACGGAGGAAGUUACUGAUUUGGAGGAGCAUGAGGGUGUAUCGAUGGUGCAGGCUGGAGUGUUUGCUGGCGCCCGGCUUUGGGUGGUGGAUACCAAAGAGCACAAGGACAGGGACAUUGCAGGUAAGUGGGUGAAUGUUGUUGUUGGUUCUGAGGAAAUCACUGCAAUGGAGGGCCAUGAUGAGGGUGUGUCGCUGGUGCAAGCUGGAGUGUUUGCGGGUGCCCAGCUUUGGGUGGUGGAUACUAAAUCACCCCAAAACGCUGCUCACUUCCUUUUUCCUCCUCGCAAUUUCUCCCCAACACAUCUGUUUCCGUUCCCCACCGCUCCCUCCUCCCUCUUCCAGUCCCCCCCCCCCCUUGUUCCGUCAGAGGAGCUCCCAGUUGUUGAUGACAUGCAGGAGGAGGAGGCAGGCUUCAAGGGCACAGGCCUGGCUGGUGGUUUCGCGGUGACUAGUUUUCCAGCAGCAGACGCAGAUACAGUAGCAGUUGAAGGCAAUUUCUCCUCCCUCUUCCCUCUCCCCUGCCUUGUUCCGUCAGAGGAGCUUCCAGUUGUGGAUGACGCACAGAAGGAGGAGGCAGGCUUUAAGGGCACAGGCCUUGCUGGCAGUUUCCCAAUCAUCGAGUCGGGUCACGCCGACGCGAUUCACGACGUGCAGAUGGACUACUACGGCAAGCGACUGGCGACGGCGUCGUCCGAUCGCUCGAUUCGCGUCUUCUCCGUCGCAGGCGACCACCACUCGCAUCUCGCGGAUCUGAUUGGUCACGAGGGUCCGGUGUGGCAGGUGACUUGGGCUCACCCUAAAUUCGGGUCCAUCCUCGCGUCGUGCUCGUACGACCGCAAAGUGAUCAUCUGGAAAGAAACCAGCGAGAACCAGUGGAUCAAGGCGCAGGUAUUCUCGGACCAUGAAGGCUCAGUGAACAGCAUCAGCUGGGCGCCUCACGAGUAUGGGCUGGUGCUCGCAUGCGCCUCCUCUGAUGGCUCCAUCUCCAUCCUCACCCACCGUGCCGACGGUGGCUGGGAUGCCUCCCGGAUCCCCCAAGCCCACCCUGUGGGGGUUACUUCCGUUUCCUGGGCUCCUGCCACGGUUCCAGGAAGCUUCCUGGGGUCUGGUCUGAAUCCGGUGCUGCGGUUUGUGUCGGGAGGGUGUGAUAAUAUGGUGAAGAUUUGGCGGUAUUCGAGUGAGGGAGGGGGAGGGUGGCGGCUGGACGGUGCGCCGCCUGGUUUGGCCCGGCACACGGAUUGGGUUCGGGAUGUGGCUUGGGCGCCGAACCUGGGCGUGCCGAAGAGUACAAUCGCCAGUGCUUCACAGGAUGGCACUGUACUGAUCUGGACCCAGACGAGUGAGUCGGACCCGUGGAAACCCCUGCUGCUGCAGUACUUUAAGGUGCCUGUGUGGAGGGUCAGCUGGUCGCUCACUGGAAACAUCUUAGCUGUAUCCGAUGCAAAUAACAAUGUGUCGCUCUGGAAGGAGGCUGCAGAUGGUCAAUGGUCCCAAGUCUCCACUAUCCAACAACCAUAG